CUGUACCACCAUCACACGCAGCGCUACACACUCUUCUCUGCUCUCUCCAUCAAGCACUCCACACAUCGAGCAAAUGGCGGCGCGGAGGACCGGCAUUGCCGCUGUCGCGGCGGCGGCGUUCUUCGCCAUGGUGUCGGUGUCACUGGCGCAGGCCCCGGCGCCCGAUGCGACCCCAAGCGGCCCGCCGAACGUGACGGCCAUCCUGGUGAAGGGCGGGCAGUACACGACCUUCAUCCGGCUGAUGAAGGAGACGCAGCAGGACACGCAGCUCAACAGCCAGCUCAACAACUCCUUCAACGGCAACGGCUACACCGUCUUCGCCCCGACCGACAACGCCUUCAACAACCUCAAGCCAGGCACGCUCAACAGCCUCACCCAGCAGCAGCAGGUGGCGCUCGUCCAGGGCCACGUCCUCCCGCAGUUCUACUCCAUGGAGUCCUUCCAGACCGCCAGCAACCCCGUCCGCACCCAGGCGUCCGGACAGGACGGGCCAUUCACGCUCAACAUCACCGCCACCGCCAACAACCAGGUGAACGUCUCCAGCGGCGUCUCCGAAGUCACCGUCAACAACGCGCUCAGCGACAAGAAGCCACUGGCCGUCUACUCUGUGGACAAGGUGCUCCUGCCCUUGGAGUUCUUCGGGGCCAAGGCGCCCGCGGCAGCGCCUGCCGCUUCCAAGGACGGGAAGACCAAGAAGGGCGAGGCCGCCUCUGGGCCGGCCGGGUCGGACGACGAGGCCUCGCCCACGAGCGCCGCGGCGGGCGGCGCGAGGGCCGUCGCCUGGGGCGUGGCUGCCAUGGCCGCCGUUCUUGGCUACCUCUUGUAAUGAUAUGGCAUGAGUUGAGGAGUGCACGACGACGAUGUUGAUGUCGAUCGGUGCUGUUUCUUUUCAUUUCUUUCUCCUCCCUCUCACUCUGUUCAAAUUCUUCCUUGCUUCCAUUCUUGUUACUUAUGUGAUUGGAUUUAUGUCUUUCAGGCGCCCAGGAUGUGAAUAAUGCACUACGUACAGUUUGAGUAAUUUUA